AUGUUCUUCAAAACCAGAGGCCUCCUCCUCCUCCACAUUUCAUGUCCACCAUUCACUUCACCACCUCCCUUUCCUUUCUCUUCUUUACCUGGCUGUGGCCACCCUUCCUUUCAAAUCAAAUGCUCUGCUCCUCAUUCCACCAUCUCCAUCAAUAACUUCUCUUUCUCUCUCCUUCGCUACGAACCCAGCUCCACCUCACUUGUUCUCUCCCCUCACAUCACCAACUCAACAAGCUCACUUACAAAAUCAGCCGACACAAACUGCUCGUUCCCUCACUUUCUCUCCAUCCCCGACCGCUCCAUCAACCUCUCUGCCUCGCCUUUCCGAAUCUCCGACGCUUCUUGUUCUCGGCUCUCCGUUCUCAAACCUUGCUCCCCUCCAACUCUUCCCAACUGCAGCCAUUGUCCUUGGGAAUGCAAGCUCAUCAAAAACCCACUCAAGCUUCUCCAUGACUGUGGAUCUCCACACCGCCCCGUUACAGCGCAGGGCUGCCAAGGCGAUGUCUUGGGCUUUCUCGACAAUUUCCUCAAAUGGGGGAUCGAGCUUGAGUGGGACGAAGCUCAAGACUCUUACUUUUCCAGCUGCAGAGAUUGUCAGGCCAACAAUGGCUUCUGUGGCUUCAAUUCCUCUGACCCAGAGAAGCAAUUCCUCUGUUUUCACCCCAGGCCUAGCUUUUCACCACCAUGGAUUAGCAAAGACAGCCCCAAUCGAAUCGCCAUCUUGUCCUCUGUAUUCACAUUGGCUUGUUUCCUAGUCAUUGUCUCAGUCUUUAUAGCCAUUUUCAGGUCCAGAAGAUUAAGCUCCUCUGCCACAGAAGAAGACCCAACAACCCUGUUCCUCCAUCGCCACCGCUCGGCUAGUCUUCUCCCACCAGUCUUCACAUACGAAGAGCUCGAAUCCUCCACCAACCGGUUCGACCCGAAGCGCAAAAUCGGAGACGGCGGGUUCGGGUCAGUGUAUCUGGGUCAGCUCUACGAUGGGCGGGUCGUGGCCGUGAAGUAUCUCCACAAGCCCCACCAUGGCGCCGCCUCUGGUCGAGCCUUUUCCAACAAGUGCUUCUGCAACGAAAUCUUGAUACUCUCUUCGAUUGACCACCCAAACCUGGUCAAACUCCACGGCUAUUGCAGCGAUCCAAGAGGCCUUGUUCUGGUCUACGAUUACGUCCCUAAUGGAACUCUCGCCGACCACCUUCACGGCCCGAAGAGCUUGUACCGUAAAGGGUCUCUGACGUGGCAGGUGAGGGUCGACAUUGCUCUGCAAACAGCUAUGGUUAUGGAGUACUUGCAUUUCUCGGUGGUGCCUCCGGUGGUGCACAGAGACAUAACGUCGUCGAAUAUAUUCGUGGAGAAAGACAUGAGGAUCAAAGUUGGGGACUUUGGGCUGUCCAGGCUAUUAGUGUUUCCCGAAACGUCGUCGUCUACGUCCGGGUAUGUCUGGACCGGCCCGCAAGGGACGCCCGGGUACUUAGACCCGGAUUACCACCGGUCGUUCCGGUUGACGGACAAGAGUGACGUGUACAGCUUCGGGGUGGUGUUGCUGGAGCUGAUAUCCGGGUUGAGAGCGGUGGACCAGAGGAGGGACAAGAGGGAGCUGGCGUUGGCUGAUUUGGUGGUGUCCAAGAUCCAGAUGGGUCUGCUCCAUCAGGUGGUCGACCCGGUUUUGAUAGUCGAUGGAAAUGUGAUCGACGGCGUUGAUGUGGCGGCUGAGCUGGCGUUCAGGUGCGUGGCGGCGGAUAAGGACGACCGUCCAGAUGCCAGGGAAGUAGUAGAGGAGCUGAAGCGUAUGAGGAGCCGUACACGUGGGAUGAGCCGGGCUUCGAGUUCGAAUUUGAUUGGUGAUGAGGUGGCGAAAGACUGA